UUAACUAACUUCCAGCACAGCUAAUGGCGGAAGAAUAGAUCAACCUGACUCGCACUGAAUAAAGCAGUGGUUCCUGCUGCAGAAUGUGGAAGCUCAUCACCAUGGGAGUGCUGCUGGCAGCCUGCUCUUCACCAGCAAAUGGUGGCUCAAUAUUUUACAGCGACAAAGAUGCAAACAGAGUCCUGAAAAUCCAGAAGCGGGCAAAUUCGUUUUUGGAAGAGCUCAAGCCAGGCUCUCUGGAACGUGAGUGCAAAGAGGAACAGUGUGACUUCGAGGAAGCCAGUGAGAUAUAUGAAACCAGAGAAGCAACACUGGAGUUUUGGAGCAAAUAUAUAGAUGGAGAUCAGUGUGAAACACAGCCGUGUUCCAAUGGCACCUGCAAGGACAAUAUUGGGAAGUUUUCCUGCAUCUGUAACAAAGGCUGGGAAGGAGAUUUGUGCAAUUAUGUGGUCAAAUACACCAACUGCUCCGUGGACAACGGGGGCUGUGAGCACUUCUGCYGGGAGGAGCCCGCGAGCCAGCGCCGCCGCUGCAGCUGCGCCUCGGGCUACCACCUGGCCAGCGACCACGCCAUGUGCGAGCCCGUGGUGGAGUUCCCCUGUGGAAGAAUGAAAACGGAGUAYGUUGAAGCCGAGGCCGGAUUCAAAAUUCGGCUCAUUGGGGGGAAACAAGGAAGAAAAGGAGAGAGCCCUUGGCAGAUUAUGCUGCAGAACAACAAAGGGAAGUUUCUGUGUGGGGGCGUUCUCAUCCAUCCGUCCUGGGUGCUAACAGCAGCACACUGCACCGAAGCAGGAGAGGAGCUCAAAGUAAGACUUGGUAAAUAUCACCGGUUCCGAACUGAGGCAGAGGAGCAGAUCAUUUGGGUUGACAAAUACGUGAGCCAUGAAAAUUACAACAAGGAGACCUCUGAUAACGACAUAGCCAUGCUGCACCUGGCUGAGCCCGUGGUCUAUAGCAAGUACGUGCUCCCCAUCUGUCUGCCCAGCAGGGACCUGGCCGAGCAGGAGCUGACCAAGAAAGGGACGCAAAUGGUGAUAACUGGCUGGGGCAGCACGAGCGACGGCGCCAAGAGGAAUUACUCCACUGUCCUCAACUACAUUGAAAUCCCCAUGGUUCCGCGGGACGAGUGUGCCCAAGCGAUGAGGUUUGCCAUCUCCGACAACAUGCUGUGUGCUGGGAGCUUAGGGGACAGGAAAGAUUCCUGCCGCGGGGACAGCGGAGGCCCCAUGAUCACCAAGUUUAAGGACACUUGGUUUCUGGUGGGACUGGUGAGCUGGGGUGAAGGCUGUGGGAGCCUGGAGAAAUUUGGCGUCUACACCAAAGUCAGCCAGUACCUGGAGUGGAUCCAGCACCACAUAGACCAGACGUCCGCCCUGGCCAGCGAGCGGAGCAGCCAGCGGCCGCAGGGGCCUCAGCUCCCUGCRAUGGAGAGAGGUCCCUCCCUCGUGGCGCUUCUGCUGCUCAUGAGCUCCGUCCACGGCGCCUCGCCCUUCGCCUUCUCAGUGUUUAUGAGGAAAGAUAAAGCCCACGAAGUGCUGAAAGUCCAGAAACGCGCCAACUAUUUCCUGGAAGAGAUUCGCCCAGGGAACCUGGAGAGAGAGUGCAUCGAGGAGAAGUGCUCUUUCGAGGAGGCCAAGGAGAUUUUCCACUCGCGGGAGAAAACGAUGGAGUUCUGGUUCAAUUACAAAGGUUUAAAUCCCUGCAAUACAAAUCCCUGCAAGAAUGGUGGAGUCUGCAAAAUAAGGCACUACACCUACUUCUGCAUCUGCCCACCCAACUUCGGAGGCGACAACUGUGAACAAGAAAAGCAGCAGUGCUGGUACAAGAACGGCGGCUGCUGGCACUACUGCCAGGACAGCGCCGGUGCCGGCACCUUCCAGGUGGCCUGUUCGUGCGCGCGGGACUACGCCCUGCACGAGGAUGGGAAGAGGUGUGUGCAGGCAGCACCAUUUCCGUGCGGCCUCGUUAAAGUCAGACGGGCUUUGGAGCAAGCGCCGCCAGGGCAGAAAAUGGUACCGAGGAGCCUGCCCGAGCUGCACAACAGCGUCCCUUGGGGGAACAAGAGCCCGGAGGGCACCGACAGCCCCCGCGGGGCAGCAGGGACCUUGCAGAGCACUGCAGAGCAAAGCACGCGCGCGGAGCGGGAYGCAGAGCACCGCGCGGCGGGAGCAGCCGCUUCCAGCUGCAACAGGACACGGGCGGACRCUGUUGAACAGCCCGGGCUGGAGGACAGUGCCGCGAGGCGGGACGGGGGUGGCUCUGGCCAAAACGGGAGCGUGGAGGGGAGCAGUGCCGRCGCGGAGGGGAUGGCACAGCCCAGYGCACAGCCCAGCACUGCGGGGCUGCCCAGCGCAGAGCCCAGCGCAGAGCCCAGCCUGGAUGGGACAGCCCAGCCCAGCGCACAGCCCCACGUACCCCCGAGCACUGGGAGCGCCGUGGGGCCGAGCGUGGCCGCCCGCGUGGCCGGAGGGACGUUCUGCCAGCGGGGCCAGUGCCCCUGGCAGGUUUUGAUCCGAAAUAGCCGAGAUGAGGGGUUCUGCGGAGGGAGUCUCAUCAGCAGCCGCUGGGUGGUCACUGCUGCUCACUGCCUUGACCUUGUCAGGCCGCACCAYGUCACUGUCGGAGACUUCGACAAGUACCAGAGAGAGGUGUGGGAGCAGAAGAUCGGCGUGGAGCGGAGCUGGCGCCACCCGCACUACGACGCGGACAACUACAACAGCGACAUCGCGCUGCUGCGGCUGAGCAGCGCCGUGGCCCUGGGCGCCUUCGCGCUGCCCAUCUGCCUGCCGAGCGCCGGCCUGGCGGCGCUGCUCACCGAGGAGGGCCGCGUGGGCACCGUGAGCGGCUGGGGGGCCACCCACGAGUGCGGGGCCCCCCUGCGCUUCCUCAUGCACGUCAGGGUGCCCGUGGUGAGCAUGGAGCGCUGCCAGCGCGCCAUGGACAGGCUGGUCACCGACAACAUGUUCUGCGCCGGCUACGAGGCCGAGGCCGAGGACGCCUGCAAGGGGGACAGCGGGGGCCCCUUCGCYGUGCCCUACCACAACACCUGGUUUCUGCUGGGCAUCGUCAGCUGGGGCGAGGGCUGYGCCGAGAAAGGCAAAUACGGCGUGUACACGCGGGUAGCCAACUACAUCCCCUGGAUUACAGAGGUCAUUGAAAGUGUCGAAGAUGCGGAAAAGAUUUUACACUAACUCUACUCCUAAGAGCAUCUCUAAAAACAGGGGAAGUUCUGUUGUAACUGGUAGCAGCCUGAGACGCUACUCAAUUCCUGCAAACAGGAGAACAUAACUUACCUUAACACUUACCUUAAAAAAGAGAAGCUUUCGAGCCUGUGCUUCCCGUAACUGUUGAAUUUCCAUUGAAGUAUUGCUGAGCAAAAUCCUUG